AUGGAUGAUUUAGCGCGAAAAUUAAUUUCUGGGACAUACGAAGAAUUUUCUAAAAAUACUCUUCAAGUAUUUAUCAAAAAUUAUGAGGACAAAACUAAAAUUGAAAGAAUAUGCAAUAGCCAGUUACGAGAACAAAUCUGGGAGAAAUUAUUUGAAUAUCUAUCUAAAUCUGAGUAUGCAUCUAUGCAUCUUAAUUGUUUAGCUGCGUUACGCAUACUGAGCCGAGACAAAACUGAUUUAGAUAAAAUUGUUACUGCAGAAAUGGUAACGUUAUUAUUGCGAUUAGCAGAACUGGAUUGUCAGAAGAAUGAACAACAGAUAUUAUCUACAAAUGUUUCUGUAGAAUCUGCAAAAGUACUAUGUAACUUAUUAUAUCAUAGUUUUAAAGUGCGAGAAUUAGUAAUAGAAAAAAAUUGUUUAGAAAACCUAAUUAAUCGCAUUAAUAAGUAUACUGUCAAUUCGUCACAUGAAAUGAAAUUGUUUGACAUUAAAAUGUUAUUUAUAAUAACCGCGUUAAAUACGUCAACAAGAAAUACUGUGAAGGAGUUAAAUGGAGAUUUUUGUUUACUUAAUAUAUUAGAUGAAUUAUUGGAACAACAUAAAUCGAAUGUAUCUAUGUCAUUUUCUAUCAAGAAUGAUGAUGUAAUGUUAAUUUGUGAUAUUUUAAAAGUUUUAUUUAACUUAUACAUACAUUCUGAAGAUUCUGUGAUAGAAGAACAAGAAAAAAAUAAAAAAUUAACAACGUGUUUAUAUAAAUUUUUAUAUAAUAAAAAUUGGUCAAAAUAUAAGGACCUUGUAAGCAAUGUUAUAAAUUUAUUGACUACUAUACCACUAAAAAACUAUAUACAAAUGAUGCAAUCUAACGAAAACAAUGAAAAUAAUAUUGUAUAUCAGAAUACUGAUGUUACAACAGUAUCUGUUGUACUGGAAUUUUUAGAUCAGAAAUUAAAUUAUACAGAAAAUCUAUUAGAAAAUCUUUCUCCAGUCGUCACUGUCCUUAUUAGACUCGUAAAAACAGACAAAUCUGUUCGAAAAUAUGUGAGAUUACAGGUUUUACCACCAUUGAAAGAUGUGAUGAAACGUCCAGAAGAAGGAACAAGUUUAAAAGCAAAGUUAUGUAAACUUUUAACUUCUCCGAUCACCAAGUUGCGAGAUAUCGUUGCUGAAUUUCUCUUUAUACUUUGCAAGGAAAACGUUAGCCGUAUGGUGAAGUAUACUGGAUAUGGGAAUGCAGCAGGUAUGUUUGCAAAUAAGGGAUUACUAGGUCGUAAUCAAGAGAAGAUAUCAUAUUCUGAAUCGGAAGAUAGUGAUACCGAAGAAUACUUAAAAUACAAAGAGCAGAUAAAUCCAGUAACUGGUUGUUAUGAAAAGAUCAAACCAAAUCUUUUAGAAGGUAUGACUGACGAACAAAAGGAAUACGAAGCGUUACAACUUGUUAAUCUUGUAGAUCAAUUAACGAGAGGAGGCGUAGUACGACCUUGUAGAAUUGGAGACGACGGUAAACCAAAACCUAUAGAACAUGUUCUAGAACUACAAGACGAGUUACAAAAACAACAGUACAGGCGGGAAUCAGAUUCAGAUUAAUUAUUUAUGACUGAAAGAAAAGAGGUGUGAUUAUUAUAAAUUAUGUAUAUUACUUGUGUAAUAUGUAGGAAUUUAAUAAAUGUUUAAAAUAAA